AUGGCCGGUGUUGUGCCAGGUCACAACACAUUGGAGAACACGAUACGACAGCAACAGCAGCAGCAACAGCAUCACACCACUCCAAACACAAACACAAACGCACCAUUCCGUCAACCUCCAUCUCUAAUGACCUCUGGUCAGUACAAUAGUUACACUAUUGGCGUUGAUCUUGGUGUGUCUGAUGGCAGACUUCCCUACGGCUCUGGCUUGACCUCGUCCUCGUCCACGUCCACAUCCACCACGUCCACGUCCUCGUCCACAUCCACCACCUCAUCCUUGAGCUCUGGCCGACUCACCGAGUCCCACUCGGGUCCACUCCCAUUGUCCCUCAGCAAUGGCAGCAGUAGCCACUCGCUCCACAGCAGCUCUGCUAGCAGGGCAGCGAUGGAUACCAGCGACAACGAGGAAGAGGACAUCGAUGGAUGA